UUGCUGACUUUUCUUUCUUUUUCUUUCCUUUCCUCUUCUUCCCUUUUCUAUUCAUUUUCUCUCUCCUUCUCCCUGCAAAAUUGUUCAGACUUCCCAUGGCUAUUCUCUCAACUUCCUCUCGAUCGCCUAUUUGAAGGAAUCAGAUUGAUUCACAGAUGUUUCUGUUUACAGAUUUACUAUUUUCAAACUGAAUAACGCCUGGUUUAACGAUCUUGUGCGAAAAGUCUAAAUUCUUGUGUCUAUACGAGCUGAGGAAAAUUUUCCAGAUGGCUGAUCGAACAGAAGAUAUGAUGAAUUUGGACUUAAAUUUAGGACCUGUACCUCAACCAUCGGCUGUUGUAGGUCAUCUGGUAUCAGGCCCAUCAUCUGGGGAAUCUGUGAGUGUUGAUGGGUUGGAAACUUCUUAUAUUAGAGAUGUUUUUAGGCACAGAAGUAGGCAUCGAGGGCGAUGGAGACAUGGCCAACCGCUUCAGUUACCAUUGGGCCCGCAUUCGCUACGAUUGAUGGUUGAUUCUGGUGGUAUUGGUGGCGAUCCUGGUGCCCGUUCUGGUGUUGAUGGAGAGGAUAAUGGUGGGGUAUUACAAGCCGGGGAAGGUAGUGUCGCUGGCGAGCUUAGAAGUCAUGACGGGGUUAAGACUUGUGAGAAUAAUACGGUCCCUGUGGAGAAUGGUUUAAUUGCUGAGAAGGAAGAAGUCGGAAAGCCAGAAUCGGAGAAAGGGAGCUUUUUCGAUUGUAAUAUAUGUUUCGAUUUGGCUAAAGAGCCCGUUGUUACUUGUUGUGGCCAUUUGUUUUGUUGGCCGUGCAUUUAUCGAUGGUUGCAUAUUCAUUCGGAUGCUAAGGAAUGCCCGGUGUGUAAAGGUGAAGUCACGCUUAAGAAUGUUACGCCAAUUUAUGGACGCGGGAACGCUGUUGAUAAGCCUGAAGAGGAUACGGGGAUUAAAGUCCCCGUAAGACCCUCAGCUCAACGUGUUGAGAGCUUGAGGCAAACCAUUCAAAGAACAGCCUCUUCUUUUCCAAUGGAGGAGAUGAUUAGGCGUCUUGGAGCCCGAUUUGAAUUUACUCGUGAAUAUUUCGUAAAUGUCGAUGAUGCUGAUCUGCCUCCGAGGGCUGCUAUUCUUAAUAGGAUCAUGACUUCUCGAGCAUUGCGUAGGGAGCAAAACCCGCCUGUACCUCCUGAAGAAGUAAUCGACUUGACGCAGGACAGAGCUGAAACCCGCAGACUUCCACCUUUGACUUAUCGAAGAGGCCAGUUACCUAGAAGUGGUGUUGGUGUCUCACCUGUUGCUGCCGUUGCUGAUAGGUUCGUCGAGGCCUAUCUUCAUCGCUCUUCACCGGGAAGGAGCCAAGAACUUCAGCCACCUGAUGACCGGGACUCUUUCUCGAGCAUCGGUGCUGUUAUACACGGGGAGAGCCAAACAUUGGAUACAGCUGUUGAGAUUGAUUCAAUGGUAUCCCUCUCUACCUCGUCUUCGAGGAGGAGAAACGAGCCUUCUAGAACCUCAGAUGUCGAUAGUGGGGAUUCUCGCGCGCUAAGGAGGAGAAGGCUGAAUUAGAAGAGAAAAAGGGUUUCAGGUUUGUUCAUUAAGAUCACAGUCAAUUCAACCACACAGUUGAGAUAUAUGUAGCUCCCUUGUAAGUUGCAAAUGUAUUGUCCUUGUUGUGUUAAUCUGCUAUGUAUUGUACUUCUUAUUUCAAUAAAUUAAUGCACUUAUGUGUA